AUGCGUCACGGCCGACACAGUCUAUUGCCUCUCCCUUCAACGCUUACGGGCCAGCGGGAUACGGAUUCCCGCCGGCACGCGUUCAGCGCCGAUGCGUGGGCGCGGUUGGACCAGGUGCAGGAGUUGGGAGACGACGGCGAGGCGCAUACUGGCUGCGUAAACGCACUGUCGUGGAGUGACGAUGGCAACAUUCUGUUGUCUGGGUCGGAUGACAAGAGGAUCUGCAUCUGGACACCGGACACCCGCCCCACCUCGGCCCUUCCAGACGUCCCGCUCCACGCCUCGCCUCACCCGUUGAAGCUCCGCGACACGAUCGUGACGGGCCACCGGGCCAACAUCUUCUCGGCUCGCUUCCUCCCACACACGAACACAAUCGUCACUUGCGCGGGUGACUGGGAAGUGCGAGUGUUUGAUCUCCAGCGCCUGACACAGGCGAGCGCGCACACUAUCAGUGUGCGGGCGAGAGGCGCGCUGUGGGGCGUCGAGGGGCCUGGUGUACGCGUCCUUCGCUGUCAUACCGACAGGACUAAACGCAUUGCGACCGAGGCAAGUCCCCACAUCUUCCUCACGGUCAGCGAGGACGGCACCGUGCGGCAGCACGAUCUCCGACGACCUCACCGCUGCACUCCUGAAUGCCCCGACCCCAUCUUCCGCGCACCGAAAGAUGUCGACCUGUACUCUCUCUCCGUCUCGGCCCUUGCACCACACACGUUCGCCGUUGCGGGGCAGACGGACGUGGCGUACAUUUGUGACCGCCGCAAACCCGAGCUCCAGACCCCCGGGUGGGGAGCACACACAAAGCGCGCUACGCAGGUGCACUGUGUCCGCCGGCUGGGGUUGAGCGAGGAGGAAUGGACGACUGUGGCGCCCGUUAACAGGCGACACAGCGAACGACACAUUACGUGUGUCAAGAUCAGUCCCGAUCACCCUGAUGAGGUGGUGUGCGCAUUCGCGAUGCACUCGACCUCGAUCUUCUCCCUCAACGACUCGCCGGUGGACCGUGGGAUGGCUCUGGGACCGACCAGCAUCGUGCCUCCGAACGGUCCCACCCGCACCCGUCUCAACCCCACUGCUGCACAAGCCCUCAACCCCAACCCCAACCCCGAGCCCACCUCGCCAAGCAGCCGUGCGCAAGGGUCAAGCCACACUCCACCGCACCAGCACGAGGCCGAGGCUGAGAGCGGCUCGAGCCCCCGAUGGGCUCCCAAGAGACGACUCUCGGUACGCUCUUCGCACUCUGCGUCCAGUCGACCGGGGUCACGAGCACGGGUCAAUGCCAGCGAAACUGCUGUGGCGUCUUCCUCUGGCAGCUCACCCAUUGCGUCGAGCUCGCCGACGGGACUGGUCGCUGUGGAGGAUGACGGUGAGGAGAUGGCCGUCGAGGAGGACGAGGACGAGGACAGUGAGGAUGAUCGGCGGGAACUGCGCAUGGAGGAAGACGACGACUCUGACUCGGGAGAAGAGAUCGACAUUGAACAGUUCCUCCGCCGGGCCGCGGCCGACGAGGAGGAAGGCUUUGGCACCGGAAGUCUGGGCCUGCGGGCCGAGGACUUUGAAGUAGACGACGACGAUGAUGAUGACGACUUUGGCGACGACGAUGAUGACGACGACGACGAUGAGGAUGAGGACCAAAUAUGGUCUGUUCCUCGGGGCGCCCGUUCCCAAGAGGGCCGCUUCAAGUCUGUCGAUCUCAUCCAGCCCCGCCGUUCAUUCAAAGGAGCGCGCAACUCUGAAACUGUCAAGGACUGCAAUUUCCUCGGCGUGGGCUCGGACAAGGUCGCGUCGGGCAGUGACGAUGGCAACUUCUUCGUAUGGGAUAAGGAGACUGGCCGUCUGGAGGGCAUCUGGGAAGGCGACCGUGACAUUGUCAACGUCAUGGAACAGCACCCCACCCUCCCACUCAUCGCCGUCAGCGGUAUCGACAACACGGUCAAAAUGUUUGCGCCUACACCCAGCCGCACGGCUGACAACCCCUCGGCCACGUCUGGAGGCUUUACAAUGUGCCGUACCGCCGAAGCGGACCAGAUCAUUGCACGUAAUGCCAACCCGAGGCGACACAGCUUUGCGCCCAUGGGCGAGCCGAACGCGCUUCAGUUCUUGAGCCAGAUUCUCGCAGCGAGGAGGACAGCCAACCCGGCCAUGACCGAUCGCGCCAACUUGCUCGAUUUCUUCAGAGCCGUCGCUGCGGACCCCGAGGAGGAUCCGCCAGCCGGCGCCGGCGAGUGUCAGACACAGUGA